AUGCGUAAUAUCAUCCUCAUCUCGUUAGAUACGCUACGGGCAUCAAGCAUGAGUUGUUACGGGUAUCGCAACCUGACAACACCGCACCUCGAUGCACUCGCAGAAAAGGCAACGCUUUUUGAGAAGUGUAUCAGCCCACAUAUUCCGACACACCCUGCCCAUACAACAAUGUUCACGGGCAAGGAUAUUUUGUCCCACCAAAUUAUUACACAGGGUGGGACACUCAACUUGGCAACGGAUAUAAAGACGGCUCCUGAGCUGCUGAGUGAAGCGGGCUACUUCACCGUUGCUGCAGACAAUUUGGGACGCUGGUUUCAGCGCGGUUUCCCUGAGACGCAGUAUCGUGGCUACCAAUGGGAAAUGGGUUACCGCAAUGCUCGGAAGGCGGAGGCGGUUAACGAAACGGCGAUUGAACUUCUGGACAUCGCGCAGGCACAGGAUAAACCUUGGUUCGCUUUUCUUCACUAUUGGGAUCCGCACACGCCGUAUUUUCCGCCGCUGCCAUUUGAACGGAUGUUUUAUAGCGGGGACGAAUGUGACCCGAACAAUCGAAGCAUGGAUGCGGUUUACGCAUGCGAACCUUUUACGGACUAUUUCCGGCAGUGGAUGUGCACGCCAGACCCAUCGGAUCCGGACAACAUCGCGAAGAAACGGCUCUGGACGGACAGGCGGUAUGUGAACGCGCAAUACGAUGCCUCGAUCGCUUAUAUGGACGCGUGCCUCGCGCAGUUGUUCCGAUACCUGCAUGAUUGUGGACAGUUGGAGGAGACGCUCCUGAUUCUUACCGCUGAUCACGGUGAGGAACUUGAUGAACACGAACUCUGGUAUGACCACCAUGGGCUCUAUGAGACCAAUUGCCACGUACCCUUAAUCGUUCACUGUCCGGCACUUAUUCCUGAAGGACAACGGCUUGGCGGUCUUGUCCGUCUUACCGACAUUGCCCCGACAAUCCUUGAUUAUGCGGGGUUGACAGCGGUGGCGGCACGUGAAAAGAUGGAGGGCACAAGCCUACGUGCCUCGAUGGAAAACAGCUCGCACGAUGGGGACAACGGAAGCGGUCUAUCUUACGGAGUGCGGAUGGAUGAAAAAGCGUGGGUGGCAAACCCAGAAGUGGAAAUUGAUUGUUGA